AGAAGCAAGUGUUUUCACUGGGCUUGUUUGCUGCUAGGUUUAGUAGCAACAUUUUGCCCAUACAUCUGUUAAGUUUGGCGCCUAACUAACAGGCGUGUUACUCUCUCGCUUAAUAAUUAUGUGUCCGCAUGUUAAUAUUGCAAACUAGCUUGCGAGGUGAACGUAACCUUGUCUGAAAAGCAUCUUUGAAUAUAAUUGGAACAUUACGAUGCCAUCCCCGAUGGAGGGAUCUUCCAGAGAAGGGGACCUCUUUACUGUGAAACAUGAGCUGAAAAAUGCCAACCUGACGGGCCACGUGGAGAGAGUGGGCAUUGAAAACUUUGAGCUGUUGAAGGUGCUUGGCACAGGAGCAUAUGGCAAGGUGUUCCUGGUGAGGAAAGUGAGUGGCCAUGAUGCAGGGAAGCUGUACGCCAUGAAGGUUUUGAAGAAAGCCACAAUUGUACAAAAGGCAAAGACUGCUGAACACACACGCACGGAGCGGCAGGUGCUCGAACACAUCCGCCAGUCUCCGUUCCUCGUCACACUUCACUAUGCCUUCCAGACGGAUACCAAGCUGCACCUCAUUCUCGAUUAUGUAAACGGUGGAGAGCUCUUCACACAUUUGGUGCAAAGGGUGCGAUUUAAGGAACAAGAAGUUGCCCUGUACAGUGGAGAGAUUGUGUCAGCGCUGGAACAUCUACACGAGCUUGGCAUUGUCUACCGGGACCUAAAACUUGAGAAUAUUCUGCUGGAUUCAAGUGGACAUAUAGUUCUCACAGACUUUGGCCUCAGUAAGGAAUUUGAUCAGAUGGAAAGAGCGUUUUCUGUCUGUGGCACCAUUGAAUAUAUGGCUCCAGAAAUAGUGGAAGGUGGAGAGUCUGGACAUGACAAGGCGGUGGACUGGUGGAGUCUCGGCGUUUUGAUGUACGAGCUUCUGACUGGCGGAUCCCCCUUCACCGUGGAUGGAGAUGAGAACUCGCACACAGACAUCGCCAAGAGGAUUUCAAAAAAGGAUCCUCCUUUCCCCAAAGAUAUGGGACCUCUGGCCAAAGACCUCAUCCAGCGACUCCUCAUCAAAGACCCCAAAAAGAGAUUGGGCUCAGGCCCUAAAGGAGCGGAGAAUAUAAAAAAACACCCAUUUUACCAGAAAAUUAACUGGGAGGACUUGGCAGCUAAGAAGGUUCCCGCCCCGUUCAAGCCAGUGAUUCGGGACGAGCUGGAUGUCAGCAACUUUGCCGAAGAGUUCACAGAGAUGGACCCCACCUACUCUCCUGCAGCUCUGCCUCAGAACUGCGAUCGCAUCUUCCAGGGCUACUCCUUCAUGGCCCCCUCCAUCCUGUUUAAGAGGAAUGUGGUGAUGGACGACCAUCUCCAGCUGUGUGGGGGCUCCGAGAGGCCCCGCUCUGCCGCGGUGGCCCGCAGCGCCAUGAUGAAGGACUCUCCUUUCUACAUGAGCUAUGAGAUGGACCUGAAGGACAGCGCUUUGGGAGAGGGAAGCUUCUCCAUCUGCAGGCGGUGCACACACAAGAAGACCGGGCAGAAAUACGCAGUCAAGAUUGUCAGCAAGAGGAUGGAGGCGCAGACUCAGCGGGAAAUAGCAGCCCUGAAGCUCUGCGACGGCCACCCUAACAUUGUCAAGCUACAUGAAAUCUACCACGACCAGCUCCACACGUUCCUGGUUCUGGAGCUGCUGGGUGGAGGCGAGCUGCUGGAGAGGAUCCGCAGGAAGCAACAUUUCAGCGAGACAGAGGCGNCGCCAUUGUAUUUGUUGGCAUUAGCAUUAUUAGCAUUAGCAUUACAUGAUAGGUCCACUUUAAACAAAAAUCUGGAGAACCUGCUCUUCACAGACGAGAGUGAGAACUCCGAGAUAAAAAUCAUAGACUUUGGUUUCGCUCGCCUCAAACCGCCAGACAAUCAGCUCCUGAAGACGCCCUGCUUCACCCUGCACUACGCCGCGCCUGAGAUCCUCAAGUACGACGGCUACGACGAGUCAUGUGACCUGUGGAGUCUGGGGGUCAUUCUGUACACCAUGCUGUCCGGCCAGGUGCCUUUCCAGUGUCAGGAGAAGAGCCUUACCAACACCAGUGCUGAGGAGAUCAUGAAGAAAAUCAAACUGGGAGACUUCUCCUUCGAAGGCGAGGCCUGGAGGAAUGUGUCCCAGCAGGCCAAGGACCUGAUCCAAGAGCUGCUGACGGUGGACCCAAACAAGAGGAUUAAGAUGUGCGGCCUGCGCUACAACGCCUGGCUGCAGGACGACAGCCAGCUGUCCUCGAACCCUCUCAUGACCCCCGACAUCCUCGGCUCCUCCACUGCCUCCGUCCACACCUACGUCAAAGCUACCUUCCAUGCAUUCAACAAAUGUAAGCGUGAAGGUUUCCGCCUGCAGACGGUGGACAAAGCGCCGCUAGCCAAGAGGAGGAAGAUGAAGAAGACCAGUACCAGCACGGAGACCCGCAGCAGCUCCAGUGAGAGCACGCAGUCCUCGUCCUCCUCCUCCCAGUCUCUGGAGAAGAGUUUUCCAGAGGGCAGCUCCAAGCCGCAGCCCUGCAGCAGCACCCCCCUCACCACGCCCGCCGAAGACACCCCCGCCGCCCUGGGGACGGACUCUGAGCACCAAGAAGAGCAUCCAGCCUUCCACUUCUCAGAGGGACAGUGAGACAGGAACAGUUGAGAUUCAGACGGUUUCAGGACCUGCAGGAUGGCUCGGACCAGCUCCUUUAUCUUUCUCUCCGUCCCUGGCAGCCCUCCGAUUGCAUGGACGUCCACACGUCUCCACACCAAGCAUGCAGCAGGAGCAGCGACCCUCUCCUCAGUCUCUAUCAAUCAUCACUAGCAAUAGCCUCUUUUCUCUCACGUUGACUGUGUCGAUCAGGGACUGGACCAGGAAGAGGUCGCCACCAGGGUCCAAAAUGUCAAACCUACUGCCCUAUUGCCCCAGGUCCAGACAGACGAUAGGAAGUCGCAGCUCGCUCUCCGUCCGCUCCAUUCACCCGUGUCGGUCCUCGCCUCCUGAGGUUUUAAAGGGAAAGUCGUCGUGUUUACUCCACGGAUGCUUCGUGUUUAUGUUAUGUCUAAAGGGAGAGAAGAAACGCAGCGUAGAGAAACGUCCGUUCACUUCUCUGAUCCGGGAAGUCUCUGCAACGCGAAGCAGGGUAUUUAUAUGUGAAUUUUACAGACUGAGAUUUAUUUAUGAUAAGCUAUACUGCUAACUUAUUCAUGGUUCAGACCUGAUCUGAAAAGAAAUAAGGGAUACAGUGAGUCCUUUUUAACGUGUGUGUGUGUGUGUGUGUGUGUUUUAUCAGCUCAAAAGACUGUUUCUAUGUUGUCAGAUGGUUGUUCAUUCAUCUAUGUAGUCGUCAAUAAUGCUUCAAGUAGGUUACUGAGACACAGCUAAGUAGACAUUGUAAGACUAUUAUGGGAAAGAAAAGACGGCUAUAAGAAAGUUCUUUGGACUGCAGUUGUGUCCAGUAGAUUUUAAAAAAGUCAUUUCCUUGUUCAUAAGGACUAAAGAAGCAAACCAUUUUUAAUAGGAACAACCAAAUGUGGAUGUAGUUUGUUCAGCCAAAUGUCUUUUAUUGUUGUAUGAGGGAGUGCGGCCGCCUGAGCGAAGGUCACCCUACAUGGAGAGCUAUUUUUAGACUGAUUUUUGCCUCUGAUGUUGGAGUGUGACUACGUCCAGACUCAGCAGUGCUGUUGUUCCACACGGUCUGAUCCUCGAGGCACUAUUAAGCCCGGCACUGGAUGUGCUUUGUGUGGUAGAAGACUUCAUUAUAACUACAACCAAUUGGAUUGAGCAGAACAUCCCAUUUGGAAAGUUCUGAUCAGCUUAGUGCGAGGUGAACCAGUCGAGGCGGUUGUGGUUUUCUGAGAUGCCAAAUGUGCAGCAUCAAGUGGCUUCUUUGUCAGAAAAGAAAAAGAUCACAUUAUUGGAAAAUGAAAGGGUUUAUGUUUAAAGGGCGGUGGUACAUUCUGACUUUUGAAUGCAAUCUAGUGCAAACGUUGCCCAUUGUGUCGUUCCCCAAAGUCUUCUACAAACGAUCUUCCCUUUAUGAAAACAUCAAGUCCCCGCCCCUUGCUCUAUUUACCAUGUUGUACUGCAUGAUCUUUGCACUAUGUGACAGCUCUCACUUUGAGGCAGAUAUCUGGUUAGUAUGGAAUCCCCCCCGUGCACGAUGUAAACUGAAACAUCAAAUUCUUUGUUUAAUGGGCUUUUUCGGGCAGAUUCUCACUUGAUUGAAUGUGAGUUUGUUUACUUGCACAUUUGAAUAUGCCCACAUGUAUGGGGAAGUUUGACUGAGGUGUUUGGAGGAAAACACCAAGAACCCUUUUUACAAUAGCCUGAAUUAUUUAAUGUCCCGAUGUUACAACUCUGGUGUAAACCAGGAGAGCUCGGCGAGUGAACGCCACGCUCUGGUAAAUGUUUUUUGAAAAAGUAUGUGUUAGUCUGUUUUCAAGGUAAUGGUUGAAAUACUGUAUUCUGUUCAUGUCCUGGGUCUCUGUGUUCAGUGUGUGAAGCUGCCUCAAACAGCUUCUCCUGCUCAAUGAGGACGCAGUGGGACUACUGUGUGCAUUCACACACUCCCUCAUCUUCUUCCAUUUGAAUGCACUCUGAAUCCGAACCAAAGCAUUAACUUCAAGGUAGCUGCUCUAAGCUGCAUGAGAAAUAUCCUUUCAUGUAUAUAUGCAAAGAAAUGCUUCUUAUAUUUAUAUCACAGUUUCUGUUUGUCUGACUGUUGACAAAAGCUCCAUCUCCGAAACAUUUUACGUGUUUCAUCAGAGAUCCUUUAUAGGACCUAAAAAGACCACAUCCAGCACGUGAUCAUGCUUUAAAACUAAGCAUCUUUUUACACUGUUGUGUUGCUUUGCCAUUUCAAAAAGAUCUCGCCAAACAUACUUCUUUAAAGAUCUGCAUGUAAUGUACUUUCACCCUCAUCGCAUCAGCCAAAGUGGAAAUAGCAGAGUAGUAUCCGCGGCCGGCACAAAAAGCUGGCAUCCUUGAAGCUGAACGCUAAGAAGCUCUUGUCUUACUUAGUUCGCAUGAGUUCCCUGUUGCUGCCUCAUUAAGCCUCUUUCCUUUUGUUUGGGUGUAUUAAUAGCUCAAGUGGAGGAAGAGGGAAAGUGUCCUAUAUGGAGCUCCCCUCUGGGAGCAGGCUCUAUUAGCUGAAGCAGUGCUGUUUGUUCCAAAGAUACGCCGUGCUCCACACACUGGGACCAGCGCUCUCUUUUUUUAGGGAAAAGAACCGUGUAUCACAGGAACCGCUUGGUUUAGUACCAACGUCUCCCGGGGCAGAUUUGUAAAACUAGGUUUCCCCUCUUUGAUGAACGACUCGUUCAGCGUGCCUCUGUGAAGCGGAGCCGAGGGAGGGGGGGCCGGUCUGAUUGGACGUCCUGUUGUCUUUGAUGCACUUUUGUUUAUUGGUUCCCUGGAAAUUGACUGAAAGCUACUUUUCCUGAGCACAGUGCUUCCUCUUUUUUUAGCUUUUUUUAUGAGUUAAAUCCUGAACUAAACCUUUGUAGCGUUUUGCAACAUGAAUUAGAGGGCUGGUACUUUGAAGUGUUUUGUAUAAAGCCGUGACUGCUGUUGUGCAUUUUAGAGUCCAAGGAUUGGACGGUUCCUGUGAGCGUCUGUCAGUGGAGUUGUGUCGUGAUUAAGAGACCAAUGUGUGUGCCAAAGCUGAAAGUCUCAUCUUGGAGAACACGGCUUUGUGCUUUUUGUGCAUGUUUUGCCUGUAAAAGUGGUCAUCUUUAGACAGAUGCUAAGACAUUGUGGCUCUUUUUUGUGCGUUUUUACUAUGGGAUCUGUCCGUGGUGCUUAAGGGACCAAACCUCUGCCGGGGCUGCAGAAAUGACCCGUCGUAUUAUGACCAUUCAAAGCAGUGGUUUCCAACAUGGAGACCCCAAGCAUUAAAUGUACAUUUAUGUCAAAACACAUUUAUUAAGACUUUCUUACAGGGAAGAUCCACUCAUUGUACACAUAGACGUCUCUUAACGUGUCCUAGAGAGAAUUUGGAAAACACAUUGUUUAAAGCCUUUUAUGGAAAAAGUCAUGUCACUUUUUGGUUUGGACUGAUGACUGAAGUUUAAAGGUGACCUAUCAUGCAAAAUGCACUUUUGUACGUCUUUUAUACAUGAAUAUGUGUCCCCGGUG